CUCUCAACUAUUCUUCUUUCUCACCAUCCUCUACCUCACUUUUUGUUCCCUAUACUUAACUGCCUAUACUCAGCUUCACUUAUUGCGUUUGUACUCAUAUACUAUCUAGUCAUAAUCUGGUCAUCCGAGUACUUAACCUUCAAGGCAACAGCUGCUGGCAGCAUCGCUUCGCCACCUUAACCAGCCUAUAAAUACCCCGUUCUCGUCUGGAAACUCAUUGCAUUUCCUCUAAAUACACAACUCAAAGUCCUCCCCCUACUUGGAUUGAAGAUGUUCAAUCGCAACAACUAUCCUUCGGUCCCUAACCCUUUCGGCUCCCGCCCCUCUCGAGGCGACGGUUAUACCACCCCAGCUCAAGGACAGAACCCCUACCCCUCCAGGUCGGGCGCAAGUCCUGCAGGAUACGGAGCGCCACCCCAGUAUACGGGAAGACCGCCUCAAAUGCCUCCGAGGAACCCCGUUGGAGAGAAGCCCGUGAGCUCAGGCCGAUCCUGGACGCUACGUCCUACAAAGAGCCCCGAUAAUACGUAUACGUUUGGAAACUUAGUUGCCGUUUCCGCCCAGGAAUUCCCACCCUCCCGCGAUGGACACGAUCUCCUCCUACUCAUCAACGGCCUCUAUGUCUUCUCCGCACGCCCUCUCGACGGGUUCCCCCCGGGACAAAUCAGCAUGUCUGAUCCUCAGCGGACAUGGGCUGGUGUCGCUUUCACGGAUACCGUUUCGGUGCAAAUCUACGAUCCCUUCAGUCAGGGCGGACAAGCCUACGUCGGUUCUACAGAUAUUGAGGUUGGGUUUGCUGGGAAGAAGCGAGUGGAGACUCCAUAUGAUCAAGAUGAGCUGGCAAGUGUGGUGAUCAAGAACUUCGAAAACCAAAUUUUCGCCCCCGGCCAAAAGAUUUUGAUGGAUCAUCGAAGCAUCCCACUCCUGUUGACCGUCAAGACCGUUCAGAGAGUCGAUCUGUCCUCUGAGACUGCCAGCGGUGGCAGUGUCGAGACGGACCCUACGGCGCGGGGUAUUCUCACCAGGCACUCUCAGAUUACGUUCUUCAAGGACGCUAGUACUGGUAUCAACAUGAAGCCUUCGAACCGCCGACCAGCGGCGAACUCCAUCAUCCAACCUGACUUCAAGUUCGAGAACAUGGGCAUCGGUGGUCUUGAUUCCGAGUUCAGCACCAUCUUCCGUCGUGCGUUCGCGUCCCGUAUCUUCCCUCCGGGGCUGGUGGAGAAAUUGGGACUUCAGCACGUUAAGGGUAUCCUGCUUUAUGGCCCUCCAGGAACGGGUAAAACAUUGAUUGCUCGUCAGAUCGGAAAGAUGCUGAAUGCCAGGGAGCCUAAGGUCAUCAACGGACCCGAAGUACUUAACAAGUACGUUGGUCAGUCUGAAGAGAACAUUCGUAAAAUGUUCGCAGACGCCGAGAAGGAAUACAAAGAAAAGGGAGAUGAAAGUGGUCUUCACAUCAUCAUCUUUGAUGAACUGGACGCUGUCUGCAAGCAGCGUGGCAGUGGAGCCGGAGGUGGUACAGGUGUUGGUGAUAGUGUGGUGAACCAGCUGCUCUCGAAGCUGGAUGGUGUAGAUCAGCUCAACAACAUUCUGCUUAUCGGAAUGACCAACAGAAAGGACAUGAUUGAUGAGGCACUGUUGCGUCCUGGUCGUCUCGAAGUUCAUAUGGAGAUCUCCCUUCCUGACGAGAAAGGCCGAGCCCAGAUCCUUAAGAUUCACACCCAAAAGAUGCGGGAUAACGACGUCAUGGACGAUGAUGUUGACUUGGCUGAGCUGGCCCUGAUGACCAAGAACUUUUCUGGUGCUGAAAUAUCUGGUCUUGUGAAGUCCGCAUCUUCUUUUGCAUUCUCCCGGCAUAUAAAGGCGGGUACGACGGCCAGUAUCAGCGACGAUGUGGUGAACAUGAAGGUCAACCGGUCCGACUUCCACCAUGCGUUGGAAGAGGUCACACCCGCGUUUGGUGUCUCCGAAGAAGAGCUCUCUAGUCGCAUUCAACAUGGUAUCACCCACUUCUCCCCCGUUAUCAAUGAAAUUCUUAAGGAGGGUGGCCUGUUCGUCAAGCAAGUUGGGGAGGAUGAAUCGUCGCCCUUGUUUUCGGUCUUGCUACAUGGGCCCACUGCAAGUGGCAAGACGGCUCUCGCAGCUCGAAUUGCUAUUGACUCUGGAUUCCCUUUUAUCAAGUUGAUCAGUCCCGAGGACAUGGGCGGCUUCAGCGAGACGGCAAAGGUUCAGCGCAUCAUCAAAGUCUUCGACGAUGCUUACAAGAGUCGCACAAGUGUUGUCGUCAUCGACAACCUUGAGAAGCUUAUCGAGUGGGUUCCUGUCGGCCCUCGCUUCAGCAACACAAUCUUGCAGACUCUGCAGGCCGUGUUGAGGAAACAUCCUAACAAGGGUCGCCGGCUCUUGAUUAUAGCAACCACGACGCAGAGAUUUGUGAUGAAGCAGCUUGAUUUGUUCAGCUCCUUUGAUGCCGAUAUCAUGGUUCCAAACGUUAUGACGUACGAUGAGCUAAAGCACAUCUUGCAUAGUUCCGGCGCAUUUGACGAGCAGGAAAUCGGGCAGGCCCUUGCAGGGAUUGGCAGUAUUUCUGAUGACGGAACCAUUGGAGUAGGUGUCAAGAAGAUCUUCAGUGGUAUUCAGACGGCAAAGAAAGAUGUGGAUAAGGUUGGUCGCUUCGUGCAGGUUAUCAACAACGCUAUUGAGGCAGAGCGUUCUGGUGCUUAGAGAGGGUUUGCUCUCUCUUGGGUGUGAGAGUACCUAAGGAUUGUUGCUACGUUGGCUAUUCGCUUGUAAGCUUAAUUAGAUGCUAAUUUUAAACAAUAACACUAGAACACGGUGCGUUCAAAGAUGGUGUGGUUUCUUCCAACCGAG